AUGGGUGUCAUGGUCAUGGAUGUGGAAGGCACGGAUGGAUGGGAACAUGGAGAGGACCAGGACUUUGAACACAAAUCCGCUCUUUUCUCCCUUACUUUGUCAGAAGUACUUCUCAUCAACCUCUGGGAGCACCAAGUUGACUUAUACCAGGGUGCAAAUAUGGGUCUUCUAAAGACUGUGUUUGAGGUGAACCUUGGUGCAUUCUGCUUUCAGGAUCGGGAACGCCCACUAACAUUCAUUCCUCAGACCCUUCACUCACUUUAA